GCAAGCCGAUCCGCCAGGCGAGGCAGGUUUUCUGCGGCAGUUCAGGGGACCCUGAACCUUAAGGCCUCUGCGGCGAUCACCUGUGUUCCCGCGCCUCUGCCGCGCUCUGCCAAGUGUGAUCUCCCCUGAGGACCACAGUCUAGACCCAAGAGGACAAGGCCCAGAAAGAGAUCAAGAUGGGGUUUAUAUUUUCAAAAUCUAUGAAUGAAAACAUGAAAAUCCAACAGGAGUUCAUGCUUAUGAAUGCUCGACUUCAGCUGGAAAGGCAGCUAAUGAUGCAGAAUGAAAUGAGAGAAAGACAAAUGGCUAUGCAGAUUGCUUGGUCUCGGGAAUUUCUCAAAUACUUUGGAACAUUUUUUGGCUUUGCAGCCAUCUCUUUAACAGCUGGAGCAAUAAAAAGGAAGAAGCCAGCCUUCCUCUUCCCUAUUAUUCCAUUAAGCUUUGUCCUUACCUACCAGUAUGACUUGGGCUAUGGAACCCUUCUACAAAGAAUGAAAGGUGAAGCCGAGAAUAUACUGGAAACAGAAAAGGAUAAGUUACAGCUGCCCAAAGGAAUGAUUACUUUUGAAAACCUUGAAAAAGCCAGAAGGGAACAAAGUAAAUUCUUCAUAGAUAAAUAAUACCAUGUUUAUCCACCUAAUCUCAAAGCACAAAAUUGUUGACCUGAAUCAUGGUUUUCAAAAUUUUUUAAAUGCUCAAGAUUUUGAUAUAAUGGAAUUUAUUUUAAAAUAUUAAAAUGCGAGAUCAGUUUUGUGAAGUAAUUUUAAAAUAAAAUUUAUAACAUUCAACAAAA